UCUGUGUGCUGCGGGUCAUGGACGAUGUCCGAGGGGCUCACUGCUGAAUUUGAUUCGUUUGGACGCAGUUAUCAGCUGACAUGGUGAGGCAAAGCCAACUCGCGGAUCUACAGGCAUUGCGGUGUCCUCUCCAGAUGCAGAGUAAUUCUUUGGCCUCGGGCACUGUUUUGGAGAGCCGCGGGGCCCUCCCUCCCCUUCCGCAUAGCGGGCCCUCUGCAGAAGAGCGAAUGCACCUCUCCCAAAACUCCACAGGUCUGGAGUCCAGCCAGCCUGUUACCAUUACAGACUCAGGUACACGAAGGAAGAAAAAAAGGAGGACUAGGGCGACAGACAGUUUCACAGGGACAUUUAAAGAUCUGUACCGGCUGACAGAUGAGCUGCUCGGUCAGGGGUCCUAUGCUAAGGUGCAGGGCUGCGUCUGUCUGCAGAACGGCCAGGAGUAUGCUGUAAAGAUCAUUGAGAAGAAUGCGGGACACAGUCGUAGCAGAGUGUUUAGGGAGGUAGAGACACUUUACCAGUGUCAAGGAAACAGGAACAUUCUGGAACUCAUUCAGUUUUUUGAAGAUGACAACUGCUUCUAUUUGGUGUUUGAAAAGUUACGAGGAGGCUCCAUUUUGACUCAUAUCCAGAGCCGUAAGCACUUUGAUGAACGCGAGGCUAGUCGUGUAGUCAGGGACAUCGCACAGGCUCUUGACUUCCUACAUACUAAAGGUCAGACUCCAUUAGACAGACGGUUUGUGUGUGUGUGUGUCUGUGUCUGUGUCUGUGUCUGUGACUGUGUGUGUCGGUCUCACUCGAGCAUGUCCACAUUUCUCACAGGGAUCGCGCACCGUGACCUCAAGCCAGAAAAUAUCCUGUGUGAAUAUACUGACAAGGUGUCUCCUGUGAAGAUCUGUGACUUUGACCUGGGCAGUGGAGUGAAGCUAAGUAGUGCCUGUACUCCCAUAACCACGCCAGAACUCACCACACCGUGCGGUUCGGCUGAGUACAUGGCUCCCGAGGUGGUGGAGGUGUUCACGGACGAAGCGUCCUUUUACGACAAGCGUUGUGACCUCUGGAGCCUUGGGGUCAUCCUCUACAUCCUGCUGAGCGGAAGCCCACCCUUCACAGGUCACUGUGGUACGGACUGUGGCUGGGACAGAGGGGAGACCUGUCGCGCCUGUCAGAGCAUCCUGUUUGAGAGUAUUCAGGAGGGCAAGUAUGAGUUUGGGGAAAAGGACUGGGCCCACAUCUCAGACGGAGCCAAAGACCUGAUCUCUAAACUGCUUGUCCGGGAUGCCACCCUGCGACUCAGUGCUUCCCAGGUCUUGCAGCACCCGUGGGUGCAGGGGAACGCCCCGGAACGAGGCCUCCCAACUCCACACGUCCUUCAGAGGAACUGCAGCACUAAAGACCUGACUCAGUUUGCAGCAGAUGCCAUCGCCUUCAACAGACAGCUGUCCCAGCAGGACCAGGAGCAGGAUGACAACACGGCGAUCAUCUGUUCAAUGAGACUCUCUCCUCCUUCCAACUCCAGGCUGGCACGCCGCAGGGCCCAGUCCAAUGCCUUAAGAGCCAGUGAGCCCCUCCCCACAGCAGCAGGAGAACCAAAGGCCUGAACCCCGCGUCCCUGUCUCCGCGCCCACCCUGCAAAAAAUCACGGGCGCGUUCUCUCAGUUCCUUCUAACGGUAUAUGUGUUUGUGCAGUGAUUGUAGGCUUCGGAAUAGCCUGCAUCACUGCGUAAUGAUGUAGUCGCGUUUAGAGUAGAACAUGGGUUCGGCGUGCACUCAAGAAAGUCGUAAUGAUCUGGGGGGGGUUUUUUCAAAGCAUUGCGGUCAGACAUGGAGGAUUCACAUCAGGUUUUUGCCUGUCUGUGCAAUAUCGAAUUGCAGCAUACUUAUCUUGAGUCACGCUGAUGAAGAAUCUCAGGCAGAGCCUGAUCAUGCAGAGACAGAGAAGAGGAGAGCAGCUUUCCCACACAUGUACUUUUCAGAGGCUAGACAUUACUCUUCGUCAUUAACCGCCAGUUUAUGACUUGGCAGCAUUUUAAAAGCGGUUUAGUCUUGAAGAUGAACAAGGGAAAAGGCGGAAGCUGCUGUUCUGUGUCCGCGCUUGCACAGUUUUCCUUAGGUCGUGACAUGCUCCGGGUCAUGUUCAGGUCAGUGGAAUGAUGCUUAGCCUAUGUGUUACUUUGCUUGCUGUUAGCGUAAUUGCUUUGUCUUAGUGUACGAUAGCGUGAGUUGAGUUGGUUGGUGAUGUUUUCACCACUUUUACAUUUAAAGCAUCUUAAAGGCUUUCUCGAGCUUCAUUUCAGGGGCGUCGAUGGCUAAUUUUUUUUAAAAAGGCCUAUCUUGUUACUGCAAGAUUAUUUGGAUUUGAAUACGACCAAAUAAUUAAAUUAUUGGAUUUUUUU